AUGAAAUUAAAAUUUUUUUCUAAAAUAAGCAGACUUAAUAAGAUUAUCCAGGUUUAUGAAGCCGCAAUAAGUAAAGGUAGGAUGAUCACCAAUCCUACUUCAACACAAGAUACAAUUGCAGGUAAAACAUGGUUUAUGAGAGGAAUUGAAAAAGAAAGCGACAAUUUCUUUCUUAAAAUUAUUCCAAAUAGAUCGGCCAAUAUAAUAAUGAAUCUUUCUAAUAUUUAUAAUGAAAAAGAAACCAUUAUAAGAACAGAUGGUUUUGCGUCGUACAGAUCAGCAGUUGUAGAUUUUGGUUUAUCAACAAAAAGCAACCCAUACUAUGAGAUUUACAAAUGA